UUGCACACUCGGCCACGACCACACACGCAGACACGCACACACACGUCAGCUGUCUUUCUUGUCUUUGCUGUCGUCAUCUGUCUCGUCAAAGCCUGCACGCCACGCACAGAGAGACAGACAGACCCAUGAAAGUGAGGGAGGGCCCAUCAUAUGCCAUGCCGCCUGGUUGCGUGAAGGUCCGUGGGCACCUCACCUCCAGUUCUCUGUCUGAAUCUGCAUCCUGCCGUGCAGACCUCCAGGCACUUGACAGACGAACCCCUGUCGCCCUGCACACCACACACGCCCCACCCACACACACGCAAUCACACAGUCAGACCUUUCCGCCACAUGAUCAUGGCUCUCUGCCCUCCGUCAGACUGUCUGCUAUGCUCGAUAACCGACCGGAGACCUGUCGAGGAACUUUAUGUUGAAUGCCUUGGAGUCCUCCUUGAUGUCUUGCUUGUAGCACAGCUCCUCACACCCGCUCACACACUCCUCGCUGCACACACACACACACACACACACACAUGCAGCCACCCGCACCGAAUCAAGAGAGAGAGAGGGUCUCUCGCUCUCCAUGCAUCCAAUCAGCUAGCUCACAAUGUGCUGGAGUCGUCAUCGCCACACGCCUUCUUGCAGUAAGUCCUGUACGUCCACGCCUGCAGGCAAUCAAACAAGUAAUGACAUCAGACGCCGGCCAUAUCCAUGGGGCCAGUGUGUUCCGUGGCGCUGGCAACACAGUGGUCCCUCCCACACCCUCCCCCAUGUUGAAUGAAGUCUCACCCCACCCACCAUGCGGAAGUCGCCGGUGCUCUUGACCGAUGUGAUGUCGUUGCACAUGCCGAAACACGAGGUGUGGUCGACAGAGAGAUCCGACAGGGCAGUCUUGACGCAGCUCUUCACCUUCUCUAUCAAAUCCAUUGGGGAGUUCGCAAUGGCGGCGAG